AUGAUCCAGCACAUAUUUACUUUCAAGACGGUUUUGGACAAUGAAAAGUACCUAGACGUUGUCACCGAGUUAUUCAUGCAGCGCAUGGCAGAGCUCGCCGAUAAGGGUACUGUAUUCGACAUCUCCGAGUGGGUGCACUGGUACACGUUUGAUGUCAUUGGUGAGCUGUUCUUCGGCCGCAUGUUCGGGUUCCUUCGCGAACGCAAGGACAUCGGAGGUUACAUCGCUGCCGUGGACAUUAUCCUACCGCACGCCAUCCGCGUGGCAGUACUUCCGAAACUAUUGUGGCCUCUGCAAAUCCUCGUUUUGCCAUUUUCCGCAAAGCUUAGGCGUAGCCUAUCAGUCUUCAAGUCUUUGACUGCAGUAUCGAAGAAGCUGGUGGAUGAGCGUGUCGAAUCGGGCAAGGGCCGACCGGAUAUGCUCGAAAGGCUGCUUGAAGUGAGCCGCGAAAAGUCCCCGGAUUUCGAUAUAACAGACGUCUACACAGAAUCAUACACAGCCAUCUUCGCCGGCAGUGACACUACUGCUGUCGCAAUCCGCUCCGCGUUGUACAAUCUCUGCAAAAAUCCCGAUGCGUACGCAAAGCUGCAGAGAGAAAUCGACCAAUAUCAGGCUGAGGGCAAGCUCAGCUCUAUCAUCACGUAUGCCGAAGCAUCGAACAUGCCUUACGUGACUGCAGUUUGUAAGGAGGCCAUGCGUGUAUUCCCUUCGAUUGCUCUCAGCUUCCCGCGUCACGUACCCAAGGGGGGUCGCAAUUUAUGUGGUUAUUACAUCCCAGCUGGAUACCGGGUUGGCGUGAAUCCCGCUGCCUUCCACUUUGUGAAGUCCAUCUUUGGCGAAGAUGCCGACGAUUUCAACCCCGACCGCUGGUUUCGCUCUGAUGCGAAGGAAAUGGAGAGGCAUAUGUUCCAAUUUGGACAGGGCAGCCGUCAAUGCAUUGGAAAGAAUAUUGCUGCUGCGGAAAUAUGGAAGUUUCUCCCGCAAUUUCUUCGAUCUUUUCAUAUCGAGCUUGCCAAUCCUAAGGCUGAAUGGAGGGAGAUCAACUAUUGUUACGAUAUCAUGGUCAAAGUUGCGAUUGCAGGAGGUACCGGGGAUCCCUCGCAAGAGCAACUCGGUGCCCCUGUUGUCGUCGUUGACUAUACGGAUGUAUCGUCCCUAACCCGCACUCUCGAAGAUAAUGACAUCGACACCGUCAUUUGCGCACUAGGCACCUCCGGCGACGGAGUCAAUGAAGCUCAGAUCAACUUGAUUAAGGCUUCCGAUGCAUCCUCGAAGACAAAGCGCUUCGUCCCGAGCUGCUUUGCCAUCUCGUAUCCUAGAGAUAACGGAAACCCAAUGUUUGACAGCUACAUCCUCGCCAUCGACGAAUUGAAGAAGUCCAAGAGCCUGAAAUGGACGGUCGUACAUAACGGCAUAUUUCUCGAUUAUUUCGCGAUUGGGCGGAUCAAGUCCUACCUCAAGCCACAUCCGCUGGUCAUUGAUAUCGAGCACCGCAUGGCCGCACUACCUGGAUCAGGUGACAUUCCUGUCACAAUUACUUAUUCGUUUGACAUGGCCAAAUUCCUAGUCGCGGAGCUUGACCUGGAGGAUUGGCCGGAGGAGAGCCGUAUAGCGGGUGACAUCAUAACUUGGAAUGAAUUUGUUCGCUUGGCCGAAGAGGCGACGGGAAGCAAGUUCGAGGUUACCUUUGACGAUGAGGAGAAGCUAAAGAGAUCUGAAAUUACGGAGCUGCCGUUCCAGAAGAUCGCUUACAUCUCCCAGCCCAAGGAAGUUUUCCAAGCCGGCAGCGCUCUUUUUGAGCUGAUGACUCUUGACCGGAAGAUGAUGGCUAUUCCCCCUGAGGUAAACUCCAGGUUUCCGAACAUCCAACCUAUGACAGUCAAAGAAAUGUUGGAUUGUUGUUGGCGGGCGGAGAAGGCGUAA